AUGGAAUGUCCCCUUACUGCCCAUACAUACCCUGGAGAUAGUGCGACGCUCACAGUAUGGUCUCGAAACGGCGCCGACCAAUCAGGCGACGGCAUCCCCCGCAGGCGGGUGCCGAUCUAUAGUCUGGAAAGAGUCCGGGGUGCCAUUGGGCGUGGGUCCGGAGACGAGGAAGCAGACAGACACCCCAGUGCUGGCGCCACGCGAUACGGGAUUGUCGCUGCUUUCUGGCUGGGCUGUGGCCUCAAGUCAUCCACAAGGACUGCGCAGAACUGGAACGCGCAAAGCCAAGAAGUCGGUUUCAUCUGUGCGGUCGCUCGGCCGCUGCCGGUCCACAUCUCGUGUAUCCGGCGCGCUACUGACUGA